AUGUUCGAUAAAGUCAUGGGUUCUGCGGAGGUCAGCCAGGAGGCCAACCAGGUGCCUGCUACACCGGGCGCGCCGGUUCCCGACAACGUGGCACGGAACUUCCUCAAGGCCCUAGACGAGGAGUACGUCCAAGGCAAGGGUGCCAUUGUCGGAAAUUUCUUCGACAACGAGGGGUACCAGGAUCCCUUGUCGUCCUUCGAGGAGAAGGUGCGCGACGCUGGGAACAAGAAGGAGGCCAUUGAGGCGAUCGCCAAGGACUGGGGCCUCGAAAGUCCCUGA